AUGAGAGGUUUCAAUUAUAGAAGCUAAUUAACUUUCUCUUAUUCAAAAUAAAUAAAUGAAAUGAAAUAGAUACUUGAAAAUGAUGGAUAUAAAUAGUUUGAAAUAAAUGAGUAAUAAAAUGUGAUAAAAUAUUCAAUUCCAAAUGAAAGAGUGAUUAGAUUAGAUAAUUUGCUUUAUCUUUUUGUAAUUUUUUUAGAAUAUAGUUUAGAAAAUCAAAUAUGUUAAAAUUACAAUAGCAUAAAUGAUUUAAUUAUGUUUGCAGAUUGUAUAUAAGUAUAAGUAAAUUUAAUAGAAUUCAAUAUAACAUAAUUAUUUGCAUAAAAAUAGAAUUUUAUUAUAAUUAGUUUCUUAAUAAGAAAGUUUAUCUAUAUUACCAAUCAAAUUAUAUUAUUAAAUACAUUUUAUUGGAUAUGAUUGUCCUUUCUAUGAAUAAAAAGAUUAUAAAAAUUCUAAAAUUAAUGAUAAAGAUGCUAUUAAAUCUAUUGUUGAAGAAAUUUUAAAAUACCUAGAACAAUAUUCAAAAAAAAAAGUGAAAAAUAAUCUUAAGUUUCAAACAAUAAUUUAAAAUUUAAGAUUAUAAAUCAAUCAAUCAUUUGAUUCAUUUAUUCAAGAAAUUAAUAAAAUUUAUAAAGAAUAUUCUAAUUUGAAUAAUUAGAACUAAAUGCUAUAAUCAUUAGAUAAAAAAAUCGAUAAUCUGAAUUUUAGAAGAUAUACUCGUAAUUAAAAUGUUUAAGAAAAUUUAUAAGCUCUAAAAUAAAAUUAUUUUAUUAAUGAUAGCUGGCAUUUGUUUGAAUUUUAUUUAUAUAAUACUUUACCAUUAAUUACUAAAGAAUUUAGAAAAGGUGCUUAUUAUUCCCAAUAAAAACCACCAAAAGAUUUAUAAUUUAUUAAUUUUCAAAAUUCACUUAUGUUUUAUGAUAAGAAAUUAAUAAAUGAUGUAAUUAAUAAAGAAAUUGAGAAUGUUAAUAAGUAAUUUAAGUUUGAAUGGGAUUUACAUACUAUUUAAAAAGAAAUAAUAGAGAUAAUACUUUUAAAAUUUUAAUUCCUUCAAUAUUUCUUAAAUGAUAUUCAAUAAAUGGAUAUAAAUGAUAUUGAAUAAAUAAAAAACCAAAUUGAUUUAAUAAAGGAGAAUAUAACAAAAGAAACGAUUGAACAAGAAAUUCAAAAUUAUUUAGAAUUGAUGAUACUUCAAAUGAUUGAUGAACUUAUUUGA